AUCAUCUGUUGGCUAAAUAAAGCCUUGAUGGUUCCCAAUCUGUCUCUUAUAAGUGUUUUCCUCAUUGUUCUGCAGCAACAGAGUGAGUCCAGCCACAUCCUCGGCUGCAGAUGUCUGGCCUCUGAAACCUGAGAUGCAGCUGUAAAAAUGAAACUUUUUUGAGCACAGAAUUAAAAACCCUGUAAGGAGGUCUCAUUUUAGAAAGCCCUUGUGUAUUUCUAAAAGGAAUGACAAAUGCCAUUAUCAUUAAAAUGAGUAAGAGGAAAGAAAAAAAUACAUACAGGCUCGUUAUUUCAUUGAUGAGUAUCACAACAUUCAUGAGUGCUGAGCGUCUGCAUCCUGUCUGAGAGAAAGAGGAGACUCCUGCCAGGGCUUCUCACUAUUAUCUUUCUGUCUCAGCAUCCAUUGUAGAUGAGGUGGAAGAGCAGGAGCAAGAAGAGGACUUGCGCUCUCAGAGACUUCCAGAAACACCGGAAGGAGACCCAGAUCCUGACUCCUGUGCCAGAAAGCCUCUCAAGGAUGCACCCUCAUCAAGAUCUCCCUGCUGCUGUGCGCACAAGUCCCCCUGUGACAGCCAUGCAGCCAUCUAAGGAGCAUGUGGAUGCUGCAGCUCUGUCUCCAGUAGAGGCUGCCCCCGCUCCUCUCACUCAGCACCUUCUACAUCUGGCCUCCUCUUUGUCGCCAGGCCACUCAGCACACUGCUCGGAUCCUCAGUGCUCACCCACCUCCCUCACCACCUCUCAGCCCCCAGAGCCCCUGCUUCCCCUGGAAAGACGUUCACCCCCAUCACUUGCACUUCCCCUCUCCCAGCCACAUCCCCCUGAUCCUGCCACAGUCCCAAAACCAUCAUGGAACAUGGAAGACAGCCCAGAUCAGCUGCUAUGUACAGACCAGCUGUCAUAUUUCAAGAUCCUGGGCAUCCCUUUUGGGCAAAAUUGGAGCCAGUUUUUCUGGGGUCUGCCUUCCCUGCACAGCGAAUCCUUGAUAGCUGCUGCCAGGAUCGCCCAUGGCCCUCCUGUUCCAAAUCUUCCCACCUCCUUUUUUAACAAAAUAUCAAAUGUUUGCGCAGUUCACAUGCAGGAUAAAAUGUCCCUGCUGCGUUCCCAGGCCCAGGGUUCACCCUGUCUGGGACCCAGAUCUCAACCCCGAUUUCAGCCCCAACCUCUGGGUCAUGCCCAGACUCGGAAGCAUCCCCAGUCCUCUUCCCCAAUCCUGUCACCACUUUGUCUGCCCUGCAACAGGGACUAUGGAGCAGCUGCUUCUACUUCCCAUAGUAACCCACGGUCUCUCACCCCAAAUGAAAUACAAGCCUCAGAAAAACUCUUGUGCAAGAAACAACUAGAGUGGGCAUGGUCUGUACCCUCACCAGUCCAGAGGUCUCAGGAGGGUGACAGCCACUCCAUGUACCCCAGGACAGGCCUUCUCCAGGACAAGAGUGCCACUGCCACACUUCCUGAGAGUUUUCCAAUCAGCCCUGAGCUCAGGGAAACAUUGGACCAGCACAUCCAAAAGUGGAUUACUGAACAUCAGCGGGAUCUGCUCUACAAGAUCCAGGAGGAUGCAGAAGUCACACGGGCUCUCCGUGACAUGGCUCGUUCAUGUCAGGCCAAGGACAAGCUUCGGCCCUCACCUUCAUCCGUGUCUACAGCUGAAGGCAGCAAGGACAAGCCUUGGCCAUCUCCUUCAUCCGUGUCUACAGCUGAAGGCAGCAAGGACAAGCCUCGGCCCUCACCUUCAUCUGUGUCUAAAGCUGAAGGCAGCCAGGACAAGCCUCAGCCCUCUCCUUCAUCACUGUCUAUAGCUGAAAGCAGCAAGAACAAACCUCAGUCCUCUCCUUCAUCCCUGUCUGUAGCUGAAGGCAGCAGUGAUGUGCAGGUGAGGUUCCAGCUGAGGCAGGACUUGGACAGGAUUCUUGGGCAUAUUCUAGCCAAGGCCCCAAAAGAUGUCUCCAGGGAAUUAGGAAGCUCCCCCAGGAUGGUUCAGAAGGUGAUCUUGCAGAAGCCAGAGAGAAACCUGACAAGGCCCACAGAGAGGGAGAGCAGAAAUGACUUACCAGAAAGCAUGGAUAAGAAAUACAUAAAAGACAUGCUGAAAACCCAUCUGGGAGUGAAGACAGGGCAGAUGCACAUGGGGAUGAUUCCCCUGAGAGUGUGCCAGUCCUUGCUUAAUGGCAAUGGUGCCUUUUCUGCCUCUGACACCCACGUGGAAACCAGAAAGCCACCAUCCUCCAGAGCUCAGGAAACCUGUGUUAAUCCCAUCCAGAAGUUUUCGUUCUCCAAACCCAGCACCCUGCAGAACCUUGAGAUGCACAUCACAAGGUUUAGGUUUGUCCGUUCCUCCUCAUUUGGUGGGAUGUCUUGGGCUGACUUGACAAUUGAGGAUGCCAAGUUCCUAGGGAAACCACCUGAGGCAUUUCCAGAGGAAAUUGCCAUCAGAGAGUCUGUCCCUACCCUGAAUGAUCUCUUUGUAUCCUCUCUUCUGUGUAAGGAGACUGAGCAGGCCCUGCUAAGAGAGCCAGGCUUGCAGGCAGACAUCAUGAACAAAUCCGAGCAUACAAAGGUUAAGUCCCUGAACAAUCCUCAAGUCUAUGAUUCAGAUGUCUACCUUCCAGAUAGUUUAGCAUCUGCCAUGCCCCCGUGCCAUCGCCACAGCACCCCUCUAGGGCAAAAUCUAGCCUCACAGAUGGUAGCUGGUCUAAAGACAGACAGAGGGAGAGGCAUGGGCCACCAGAAGCCCGGAAUCCCACAGCAUCAGCAUGCACAGAAGAGCCAAAGCAAGAUGUUCGCCCCUGUUUACAAGCAAGAGGUCAGCUGGAGGACGAACCCAGGGAAACACAAAGACAGGCUGGGAGACUUGCGGACAUUGGCUCCCACAUGGGAUAGGAGAACAGAAGACACCUUAGAGAAGAAAAACCAACUUCUCACACAAAAGAAACCAGUCCCCUCAGAAGGCUACAUCCAAGGAAGUGUGAAGAAAUUUCUACAGUGGAUUUCAUCUGAGAAAAAAGUCAAAAGACAGGAAGAACCACAGAAAAAAGGUACCUCAAGCAUUGUCCAGAGCCAGAGGCCAACCCAAACCAGACCACGUAUGAACCACAGCACUGAUGAGGCUCAGCUGAUCAUGACUGCAGUUGGGCAGAUGCUAGAAGCCAAAUUGAUGCUUCAACAGGAAUUUUGUGCCCAGAAGGCAAACCAGAACAAAGAGAAAGAAGGUCAAGACCCACUCUCCCAGGGUUCUUGCUUCUCGGAUCAAAGGAGAAUGCCAGGACACACAGCCACCCCUAUAUCCCACAGCUGUCCUAUGAGGGAGAGGUACCCCCGUGACCAAGAGUCCUUGAAAACUCGACAGUGCAGCAGUGGGCAGCAGAGCCAGAGGCUCCCCCACCCCUCAGUCCCCACCAAGCUCUCCCUG